AAUCAACCGCCUUCAACGACGAAGACCUACACGCACACAUAUAAACACAUACAUCAACUAAAUAUUUAGUAAAAAUUAUAAUAUAAAUAGUAUAUAUUUAAGUAAAAAAAAAAAAUAUGUCUGAUUUUUCAUCAUACGAAAUGAGCUCAGUCGAUCGUCCAGUGAAUCGCUUUCAAGUGAAUCCUGUUAAUCAUAAUAAGCCAAACGAGACAAUACAAUUAGAUGUGCCACAAGAGGUCUAUCGUCGUUUAGUCAAUAGCGACGGCGAGCCGUUAGAGGAUGAUACUUUCAAUGAAGAUGCUACGGAAAUCUUAAAUAAACAAAAUCUACAACGUACACAGAGGCAAUCGAUAAAAAGUAGUUUUCGAGAUAAAGAUAAACCAUCGAGAUUCAAAGAUCAAUCGCAAACCACACGAUUCCAAGUAGCACCGCCAAAUGAGGAAGACUCAGACGACUCAAGCGGUUCAAAGGAUGAUCGUGAAUUAUUGGAAAAUGAAUAUGACACGAAGUAUGGCAAAAGUUUUCGACACUUUACACGCGAAGCAUUACCCAGAUUGGAUAAUUAUCGGAACAUAAUGUCCAUACAAGCCGCCUACCGUCCCACGCUGGACGAAUUGCACAAUGCAACCUUGACCGGAAAGUCCGCCAGCUUAAAUCGCAAUCAGGAUCCGGAGGCGGGCAAUAUGAAUGGUUCACUUAAAUUUGGUUGGAUUAAAGGCGUCUUAAUCCGUUGUCUACUCAACAUUUGGGGUGUUAUGCUAUUCUUACGACUCAGUUGGGUUGUGGGACAAGCUGGUAUCGUUGAGGGGUUUAUUUUGAUUUUAACAACAACAGUGGUUACUAGUGUUACCUCCCUGUCGAUGUCGGCAAUCAGUACGAAUGGUGUUAUUAAAGGAGGUGGGACAUAUUAUAUGAUAUCACGCUCACUGGGUCCCGAAUUCGGCGGAUCCAUUGGCCUGAUAUUUUCCUUAGCAAAUGCUGUCGCCUGUGCUAUGUACGUUGUUGGUUUUUGCGAAUCUAUGUUAGAUUUGUUAAAAAGUUUUGGACUCAGUAUUAUUGAUGGCGGUAUACAAGAUGUGCGAAUUAUUGGCUGUAUUACCAUUACCAUACUACUUGUUAUUGUUGUUGUUGGUAUGGAAUGGGAGGCAAAGGCACAAAUUGGCUUACUCAUCAUCCUGUUAGUAGCUAUAGCCGAUUUCCUCAUUGGCUCUCUAAUUGGUCCGAAGAGCGAACUUGAAAAGGCUGAGGGCUUUAUCGGCUACAAUUAUACGAUAUUCAAGCAAAACCUUUUUUCCGAUUACCGCGUUGAAAAUGGCGUACAUCAUGAUUUCUUUUCGGUAAUAGCUAUUUUCUUCCCCGCAGCCACGGGCAUUUUGGCUGGUGCUAAUAUCUCUGGUGAUUUAAAAGAUCCUCAAAAAUCCAUUCCAAAAGGUACUCUUAUAGCUAUCUUAAUCUCGACCGCCACCUAUCUCUUUAUGGUCCUCGUGUGUGCUGCUACUGUGGCUCGGGAUGCCACUGGAAACCUGGCAGAUGUUGCCAAUGGUUCCUUUGCUUUUCUAAACUGCACCGAGCCAGGCCAAUGCCAUUAUGGUCUGCAAAACUCAUUUCAAGUGAUUGAGCUUGUCUCUGGUUUUGGUCCUUUAAUCUAUGCUGGUUGCUUUGCGGCAGCUAUCUCUUCAGCCCUAGCCAGUUUAGUCUCGGCGCCAAAAGUAUUUCAGGCGCUUUGUAAAGAUGAACUCUAUCCAAAGAUUGUGUGGUUUGCCAAGGGUUAUGGUAAAAAUAACGAACCCUUCCGCGGAUAUGUGCUAACAUUCAUUAUUGCUGUUGCCUUCAUUUUAAUUGGUGAACUCAACUUGAUCGCUCCGCUCAUCUCGAACUUCUUCCUAGGUGCCUACACACUCAUCAAUUUCAGUACUUUUCAUGCUAGCUUAGCUAAACCCGUUGGUUGGCGACCAACCUUCAAGUAUUACAAUAUGUGGCUUAGCUUGGUCGGUUCAAUACUGUGUGUCGCCGUUAUGUUCCUCAUCUCUUGGGUAACGGCGCUUAUCACCUUUGCAGCGGUGUUGGCACUAUACUUAAUUGUUGCAUAUCGCAAGCCGGAUGUUAAUUGGGGUUCCACCACGCAAGCACAAACUUAUAAGAACGCACUGAUGUCUGUGCAACAGCUGAAUAAUGUGGAAGAACAUGUGAAGAACUAUAGACCACAGAUACUUGUACUAUCGGGUUUACCAAACACGCGUCCAGUGCUGGUCGAUUUCGCCUAUAUGCUGACAAAAAAUCUUUCUCUACUUGUUUGUGGUCACGUGAUUCGUGGUACGAGCUCUCAACGUUAUAGAAAUUAUUUACAAGAUCGUGCUACAACCUGGUUCCGUAAACAUAAUAUCAAGGGUUUCUAUUCGCUUGUGGACGGUGAGGACUUCGAGUCCGGUACGCGUGCGCUAAUGCAGGCUUGUGGUAUUGGAAAGCUAAAGCCAAAUAUUUUACUUAUGGGUUAUAAAAAUGAUUGGCAGACCUGCGAUAAGAAGGAGUUGGAUCAGUAUUUUAAUAUAAUGCAUAAGGCUUUGGACAUGUAUUUAUCUGUGGCCAUUCUACGUUUACCCACCGGCUUGGACUGUUCACAGAUUUUGGGCGAUGAAAGUAGUGCCGCUAAAAUUGUAAAUGAUAUUCCACGAACAUUGCAGCCGAAUGAGAGUUCGGCUGAUUUAAUGUCGGCAGAUAGAAGUGUGCAGAAUGGCUUGAGCGGCAGCAUGGAUUCGCUUAGUCGAAAUGUAUCACAAGAUGCCGGAGACUCACCUAAUACAGAGAAUGGCUUGAAACAAUUAAAAACUUCCAGCACCAGCGAUUUAUCAUUCAUGACAGGAACCCAAGUUAAAGAAGUAUCUGGUUUGCCCGAUCCAGUUGAUCCAAAGUCCCCACAACUACUGACCAAUUCGCUACGAAAGCCAAAGCAGAAACAUAAUGAUCCAGCCUUCUUGUAUAAGGGUCCUGGUGGCGUUGAGCUUCCAAAGGAAAUAUUGAUGGAGCUGACACAGUUCACACGCAAGCGCAGUCAUGCUGUAAUCGAUGUUUGGUGGUUAUAUGACGAUGGCGGUCUAACCCUACUUUUGCCUUAUAUAAUCAGUACGCGUCGCACUUGGCAAUCGUGUAAAUUGAGGGUAUACGCUUUGGCUAACAAAAAGGCUGAAUUGGAGUUUGAACAACGUUCAAUGGCAAGUUUAUUAUCCAAAUUUCGUAUUGACUACUCAGAUUUGACGUUGAUUCCCGAUAUCACGAAGAAACCACAAGAAUCCACAACCACUUUCUUUAAUGAACUUAUUAAGGACUUUGUUAGUAGUGAAAAGGAGAAUGGACCCUCGAAUGUAGCAACCGAAGAGGAAUCCAUAAUCACCGAAGAUGAUUUGAUGGCCGUUCAAGACAAAACCAAUCGCUAUUUGCGACUUCGCGAAUAUUUACAUGAACAAUCAAUGAAAUCCGAUUUGGUUGUAAUGACGCUACCAAUGCCACGUAAAAAUAUUGUUUCCGCACCGUUAUAUAUGGCAUGGUUGGAGAGUUUGAGCCGUGAUAUGCCACCCUUCCUGUUUGUGCGUGGCAAUCAAACGAGUGUUUUAACAUUUUAUUCAUAGAAAAUUACACCCUUACGUAUACAUACAUAUGUACAUAUGGACGUACACAUUGUAUGUACUCGUAUGUUCAUUGUAGGUAUUGAUAAAGUUAUGAGUACAAUAUCAUUUCCAAAGUAUUGUUUAUAUAAGCAAAAAGAUUUUCAGCUUUCAUCAAUUGUUUUCGUUUUUUGUCUGAUUUGUUAUAUUUAUUUGAUGUUUUUUUUUAAUGUAAAAACUAGAAAUAAUGUUUAAAACUUUUUUCCGAUGUAAAAAUUAAAGUGAUUAUUUAUGUAUGAUAUAUGAAUAAGAUGAUAUUUUGCAAAAUAAACGACGGCGUAAGCUUUAAAGAGCACAGAA